AUGAGACGACGGAACACAAGUAUCGUCUUUCUCUGUCUGACAUUGGUCAACGGAAGCCAAGCCUUUCAAUCAUCACAGCCUGGAGAAUCAGUAUCGUCAACCUUUCCCAAUCGAAGAAUACGGAAACGACAAUUGGAACGAAAUCAUUUUCCUGCUUCCAAUUCCAUAUUAUACGCGACACCCGUCGUCAAAGCAACAUCAAGGACUUCUCCAGCAUCCAAAACCUACAAGGUGGAAAAGAAAGUGACACAAUUGGGACGAUCGGGCAAGACAGACGAAGCCUUGGAACUCUUUCACAGCGUGGAAUGUCCCUCUACCCGGCUGGUCAAUUGCGCGAUUGAUGUGUGUGCAAGGUCCCGGCCGCCACGGCUUGAGAAAGCUAUUUCAAUACUGGAGUCGGCAGUGAAUGAAAAGAAUUUGCGGGUAAACGUUUUUACCUUUGGGUCCCUCAUGAAUGUUUGCAAUCGAGCCAGAAACUCGACCAAGGCACUGGAAUUGUUGCGAUCCUUCGAGAAAGAACAUCGGGUAGCACCCAAUGCGGUGGUCUAUUCGUCCGCCAUUUCGGCGUGUGCCCGAUCGCAUCCGCCGAAAACCAAACAGGCAUUGGAUCUUUUGAGAGAAGCCGUCGAGGAAAAGGAAUUGGAAAUGAGUGUGACGGGAUUCAAUGCCGCCAUUUCGGCGUGUGCUCAAGCGGGGGAUUGGAAGUCGGCCAUUAAACUAUUGGAGCGAAUGGAAGGAGCGAGUGAGAAGAAUGCUACUACUGCUGAAGUAGAAUCAUCACCAGCAUCAAAGGAAGAGGAAAGUGAUAGUGGUGGUGAUGAAAUGAAAAAAUUCUUGGUGCCCGAACCGGACUUUGUAACCUAUGGAACCAUCUUAUCAGCAUGCGAACGAGGAGAACAAUGGCCACUGGUACUGACGUAUGCAGAAACAAUGCAAAAUCGAGGACUAGAAUUGGAUGGAGUGGCAUUGACUUCUUGUCUUCAUGCCUGUCAACAACUGGGAUUGGCCGGAGAGGCCUUGGAAUAUCUGGAACAAAUGAAAACAGUCCACCCCGUUGUACCAAUCACUGCCAGAUUAGAACGAUCCGGUGCGAAACAGCCACUUCAGGGACCGGACGCGGUUGCCUACCGAUUGGCGAUUUCGGCAUGUGCCCGAGGCGGUGCUUGGAAGGACGGGAUCCGCCUAUUGCAAAAAUUUGAACAAGAGACUGGACAACAACCUGGCGUGGUAGCUUACACUGCCGCAAUUACAGGUUGCGAGUAUGCGGGCAAGUGGAAAGAAGCCUUUCAACUAUUGGACCGCAUGCGCAAGGCAGAUGUGGAACCCAAUGAAGUGACUAUGGCCGCAGUGAUUGGAGCUUGUGCGAAUGCGCUGCACAAUGGAGAAACAGAGCGCGAUGUGGAAGCCACAAUCACCAACAAACCUUCCGAAAGGGCUGGUGGUUCUUCCAAGCCACUGGUCCAAAAGAAAGCUCUGCAGCUCUUGAGCUUGAUGAAAAAGAUGCCCGACAUGGUGAAUCCCAAUAUUCAAGUAUACAAUGCUGCCAUUCGAGUUUGCGCCGAAGCUUGCGACCUGAAAGGAGCCUUCAAGCUUCUGGAAGAAGUGGAGGAAGCUGGAAUCGAACGCACCGAAAUCACCUAUGGUUCAAUGAUGACAGCAUGCCAGCGAGUCGGAGACAUUCAAGCUGCCAGCACCGUAUUCCAAAAGCUCAAGGAAGACGGUAUUGCUCCCAACGAAAUCAUUUACGGAGCUGCCAUUAGCUGUUGUCGCAAGUCCAAGCAAUCCGAACGGGCUCUUUUACUCUUGCGAAAGAUGUUGAAGGAGGGCCUCGCCCCCAAUAGAGCGACCUUGAAUACCGUUCUCAUGGCACAAGCGGAAGUUCGGACCAAGGCUGAUUUCGAACGAGCAGUGACAGUGUACAAACUCAUGAAAUCGCGAUUUGUCGAGGAGACGGGUCGCCCCAACCGCCAGACCUACACUAUUCUUGUGAAUCUCUUUGCAUCGUGCAAGCAGCCUUACAUGGCCGAAGCCUUUUUGAAAAGGAUGCGAGAAGAUGGCUUGAAGCCAGAUGUUGAUUUGUUCACCGCCACUGUUGCCUCGUAUGAACGCACUGGUCAACCACUCAAGGCAGUUCGAUUGAUGGAAUCCAUGCAAGAAGAUGGUUACGACUUUUAUAGUGUCAAGGUGCUCAAUUCAGCCUUCAAGAAGGCCAUCAAGUUGGUCAACAAGGUUGGCAAGACUCUGUCCUCUUCAGAAGGCGAAAACCAUUCGUUGAAGUAUGUGGAUUUGGAUGUUGACAUUGACGAGCUGUGA